AUGCUUUCCGAUGAUUCCACCCUCCGCUCCAUCAAAUCAUGCCCCAGCAUCAUCUUUUCGAACACCCCCCUCCUCAACAUUCAAUUUCUCCUCCACAACGAUGUCCCGGAAUCCAAGGUUGUUAUGUUGCUUCGCUACUGGGCCUGCUCGCUCGUUGCCAAUGCCCCCACGUUUCAGGAUGCGGUUCGGGAGGUUAUGGAAUUGGGCUUCAGGCCCAACAAAACGUUGUUCUUGGUGGCACUUCGUGCUAAGCUUGUGAGGAAAUCGUUGUGGGAGAGGAAGGUUGAGGUGUAUAGGAAAUGGGGCUGGUCUGAGGAGAUUCUGCUUUCCACGUUUCUGAGGAACCCCUGGUGUAUGCUGGUCUCUGAGAAGAAAAUUGAGGCCAUGAUGGAGUUUUUUAUUACUCAUUUGGGUUUGGAUUCUUUGUGUUUUGCUAAGCAUCCCGUGCUUAUUGCGUUGAGCUUGGAGAAAAGGGUUGUUCCCAGGGCUUCUGUGUUGCAGUUUCUUUUGGCGAAAGGUUUGCUUAAGGAUGUUAAUUGGGCGUCCGCGUUUAUAGUUACUGAUAAGAUUUUCUUGCAGAAAUUUGUGGUUUCCUAUGAGAAGGAAGCCGAUCAGCUGUUGAAGCUCUAUGAAGAGAAGAGAGAUGUUCCUAGAGAAGAGAGAUGUUGA